CCUGGCACCGCCUCCCCGGGCGCCGGGCGUGUAGGAGCGCCUCGCGCAGCCGGAGCUGCGGGACCUAGGCGCAGAGGGGAGCCGCCGGCGCCCGGGGCCUUCGGGGCGUCGGACGCUGCUGGCCUUCCGUGGAGAUGUGACCCGGCUCCGCCGCCCAUGUGGGGCUCCCGACCCCCAGCGAGGGCUGCGAGGGCGGCGGCCGGAAGGGCCCCAGCGCCCGGCCGUCCGGCCCUCCCACUGCUGCUGCCGCCACUGCUGCUCCUGGCGGCGGCCGCGCCGUCGGGGCGCGCAGUUCCCUGUGUCCCAGGUGGUUUGCCUAAGCCUGCAAACCUCACCUUCUUAUCCGUAAACAUGAAGAAUGUCCUGCAGUGGAGUCCCCCAGAGGGCCUACCAGCAGUGGACGUUACUUAUACUGUGCAGUAUUUCAUAUAUGGGCAAAAGAAAUGGCUGAAUAAAUCCGAAUGCAGGAAUAUCAAUAGGACAUACUGUGAUCUCUCUGCUGAAACUCGUGACUAUGAACAUCAGUACUAUGCCAAAGUUAAGGCCAUUCGGGGAACUAAUUGUUCUAAAUGGGCAGAAACUGGACGAUUCUAUCCUCUCUUAGAAACACAAAUUGGCCCACCAGAGGUUGCUUUGACUCCUGAUGAGAAAUCCAUUUCUGUCGUUCUGACUGCUCCAGAGAAGUGGAGAAAAAAUCCACAAGAAAGUCCCAUUUCCAUGCAACAAAUAUACCCUAAUCUGAAGUACAAUGUGUCCAUCUAUAAUACCAAGUCCAACAGAACGUGGUCUCAGUGCGUGACCAACCACACGCUGGUGCUCAACUGGCUGGAGCCGGACACUCUGUACUGCGUUCAGGUGGAGUCCUUUGUCCCCGGGCCUCCUCGCCUUGCUCCGCCUUCCAAGAAGCAGUGCAUGAGUACUUUGAAAGACCAGACAUCAGCUUGGCAGGUUAAAGUCAUCUUCUGGUAUGUUUUGCCCAUAUCUGUUACCGUGUUUAUCUUGUCUGUGAUGGGCUUCUCCGUGUACAGAUACAUCCACGUUGGCAAAGAGAAACACCCGGCAAAUUUGAUUUUGAUUUAUGGAAAUGAACUUGACAAAAGAUUCUUUGUACCUGCUGAAAAAAUUGUGAUUAACUUUAUCACCUUCAAUAUUUUGGAGGAUUCUAAAAUUUCUCAUAAGGAUACCAGUGUGAUGGAAAAAAGCAAUGAUGUGUCAGACCUGAGUGAGCCCGGUCGAGAGGAACUGGAGGUGAAACACUUAGGGUACGCUUCCCAUGUGGUGGACGGUUUCUGCGACGCGGAGCCAAGCUCCGGAGGGCCUCUCCUGACCCAGCAAGAGGCACUCGGCAGAACAAUACCCACAGAUAAAAUGGUUGUUGAAUAUGAAUAUGAUGUAAGAACUACUGACAUUUCUGUGGGGCCUGGAGACCAAGAGCUCAGUUUGCUGGAGGAGGUGUUCCUACCGGGAAAAGUGUCUGAGCAACAGGCAGCCUUGACAGACUCGGGCCUACACAUACUACUGUAUUCAUAUGCCCCUCAGCUCAGGGACCUGGACCACCUGCCAGAGGAGCAUGCGGACCCAGAAGAGGGGCCAGAAGAAGAGUCAUUGACCACACUGGUUGACUGGGACCCUCAGACUGGCAGGCUGUUUAUACCUUCAUUAUGUGACUUUGAACAUGACUCAGAGGCCUGUGAGCAUCCUGAGUACAAGGAGCUCCCAGAUGAGAGCCUUUUGUCUAGACUUUAUGAGGAGCAGGCUUCAGACAAGCCUCUGGAAGAAGAUGAAACCUAUCUGGUGCAAUUUUUGGAGGAAUGGGGAUUGUAUGUACAAAUGGAAGACUAGCACCCAAACUCCCCUCCCUUAAGGCGUAUGAGUGUGAACAAUCACGUGACCAAGCAAUAAAGUACCUGGGUAACAGUUUACCCAUAUUUUACCCAUA